AUGUCCAACCACUUCGUCUUAAGUGAGGGCAACGUGUUCUACUAUGUGGGAACGAGACAUCUGAGAGGUGCCCAACAGGAAGAGGACGCGAUGCUGCGUCUACUAGUACUCUCAACGAUGGUUCAGGAGGCACUACUGAACUGUAACGACUCGUUAGAAGGAGGCCACCAAGUGAAAUUGGGCUUGUAUUGGAUCGGUCUAUACGCAGACGUGGCGAGACACGUUCGGUCCUGUCCCGACUGUAGUUCAAGUAAAAGUCGACCAAAGAUCCGCGGAUCCUCCCCGGGGAACAUAUUGGCUAAAUUACCGUUUCAAGUCGUUAAAAUUGAUUUUGUGAUUCCCUUACCGAAGCCUCGGCGGGGCAACACAGCGCUAUUAUUGUUUCAAUGCGCAUUCACCGAAUUCGUGAUAGGCAAGGCUAUGGCAGACACGACUGCUCUGAGAGAAUGUGUGUACCGAAUAUUCGGUGCCUAUUCUCUCAUCAGACAUGACAGAGACCCACGAGUCAUUAACGCGGUGUUCCAAUCGUUCACCGAAAUGAUACAAUCUAGGUCUAGGGCGACGGUGAGCUAUCGCCCUCAAGUUAACAGCCAACAAGAGCGCUCGGUCAAGACCGUCAUGCAAUCAGUACGCGUGUAUGGGGAAGAUUUAAUACAACAGUAUUGGGACGAGAUCGCCGAAAAGCUGAUCUUUGUGACACGAUGCGGGAGAACGCUUUUCGUGUUGGUGUAUAGCUUGCGCGCUAGAUCCGAAGUUCCGACUGGACUUCCUAAUCUAGAACAGACCCAGGUGGAGUAA